AUUUACAAUACAUUGGUUGAAACAGGUGAACUGGACAAUACGUAUAUAAUAUACACAGCAGACCAUGGUUAUCACAUUGGGCAGUUUGGGCUGGUGAAAGGGAAGUCCAUGCCAUAUGAGUUUGAUAUCAGAGUUCCUUUCUAUGUCCGAGGUCCAAAUGUGGAGGCUGGAUCCUUGAAUCCUCACAUUGUGUUGAAUAUUGAUCUUGCACCUACAAUUCUAGAUAUUGCUGGAUUGGAUAUUCCAUCUGAUAUGGAUGGUAAAUCCAUUCUCAAGCUUCUGGAUUCUGAGAGACCAGUGAAUAGGUUCCAUUUAAAGAAAAAGAUGAAGGUAUGGAGAGACUCAUUCCUAGUGGAAAGAGGUAAACUACUGCAUAAGAGAGAGAAUGAGAAGGUAGAUGCCCAAGAAGAAAACUUUCUACCCAAAUACCAGCGUGUGAAAGACCUCUGUCAGCGAGCUGAGUAUCAAACAGCUUGUGAACAGCUUGGCCAGAAAUGGCAGUGUGUGGAAGAUGCCAGUGGAAAGCUCAAGCUACACAAGUGCAAGGGAAUGGCAAACUUGUCAGCUGCAGGGAACAGCAAAGGCACCUCCAAUAUUUUGCCCAAGUAUUACAACAGGAAUAGUGAAGACUGCAAUUGUGAAGAGAACGAGUACAAGCUGAGCCAUAUCGGAAGGAGAAAGAAACUCUUCUCCAAGAAAAAAUACAAACCAAGCUAUGUCCGGAAUCGCUCCAUCCGCUCGGUAUCUGUUGAGCUGGAUGGAGCCAUUUACAGCUUGGGUUUAGAGGAUGCCUACCAACCUGUCUUACCAAGAAACAUCACCAAGCAGCACAGGGUACAGAGGGCUAUUCCUCAUGAGGAGGAAGAUAAAGAUGUGGGGGAAUACAGUGGCACUGGUGGCAUUGUGGAGUACACGGCCCCUAACCUCGUAAAAGUGACUCACAGGUGCUAUAUCCUGGAGAAUGAUACCGUCCAGUGUGACACAGAUCUGUACAGGUCACUGCAAGCUUGGAAGGACCAUAAACUUCAUAUUGACCACGAGAUUGAAACUUUGCAAAAUAAAAUAAAAAACCUGAGGGAGGUGAGAGGUCAUCUGAAGAAGAAGCGACCUGAAGAGUGUGACUGUAACAAGAUAAGUUACCAUUCAAAACACAAAAGCAAACUGAGGCACAAGGGAUCUAGUCUUCAUCCUUUCAAGAAAGCCCUACAGGAGAAGGACAGGCUGUGGCUGCUGAGAGAGCAAAGACGAAAGAAGAAACUGCGCAAACUGCUGAAGAGAAUAAAAAAUAACGACACGUGCAGCAUGCCUGGUCUGACCUGCUUCACCCAUGACAACCAGCACUGGCAAACUGCUCCCCUGUGGACACUGGGCCCUUUCUGUGCCUGUACCAGUGCCAACAACAACACAUACUGGUGUCUGAGGACAAUCAAUGAGACCCACAACUUCCUGUUUUGUGAAUUUGCUACUGGAUUUUUGGAGUAUUUUGAUCUCAAUACGGAUCCGUAUCAGCUAAUUAAUGCAGUGAAUACGCUAGAUAGAGACGUUCUCAAUCAACUGCACGUCCAGCUCAUGGAACUGAGAAGCUGCAAAGGGUAUAAACAGUGCAAUCCAAGAACCAGGAACAUGGAUCUGGGACUUAAAGAUGGGAGCUACGAGCAGUACAGGCAGUUUCAGCGUCGAAAGUGGCCAGAUGUGAAGAGACCAUCAUCUGCCAAGUCACUAGGACAACUGUGGGAAGGAUGGGAGGGCUAA